GACCUCUCGUGGCAUUUCCAUGCUAUAGUGUUUUCCUGGGAACAAUAAUUUUCUGUUUAAUAGAUACGUAGGCAACACUAAAAGAAAAUUUUCACCAUACUGCAUGCAUAACAGGACAGUUUCAACACCGUACGUUUACAUGGUCUUAGUGUACUAUUAUGCGUACAUCAUUGAGCUCCAGAUAAUUUUGCUCCGUGGUAGGUUCAAAACUGACGCUUCUUUAUGCUGUGCAUAAAAAACAAAUGAACAACUUGUUGGCUUGGUUGUCAUCAAGAUCUCUCCUUCUCACAAUUUGGAGGAGCUUGCUUUAUAUUUAUUUAUAUAUAAAGGGCAUUACUAUGCUACGAUGAAAAAAGCGUGUAUGCUUUAUAUCGUUUUGUUAAUGGCAACUACAACAAUGGAACACGCAAUGAGGACUGCAUUGGGACUGCCUAGUCGCGAAGAAAGGAGUGUUCUAGACUACCAGGAUUGUGCAGGAGGUCGAUGUCUACGUGGAAUAGAUGGUGAUACAAUGAUUCAGCCACAACAGCAGGAACAACAGAUGGGGGGCGAACAGCCAAGUGUAGAGGACCUUCUGAUGGAGCCGGGUGCACAUGAGAAACGCCGACUGAGGGCGGAUAUAAGCUGUGCAAAUGGUGCCUGUGAUCAUCGCGGAGGGGGUGGUGGAGGCUCAGGAGAUGCGAACAAAGCCAAGGCCUCAAGCAUAGCUCAGAAAGCUGCACAGGAGGCAAAGGCUGCCUCAGAGGCACAGCAGGUUGCAGCACAGCAGGCUUCACAUCAGGUGAAAGUUCAAUUAGCUGAGAAAGCACAGGAGGCAGCUGAGGCGGCAAUGGCAGCUUUGGCAGGAAAACAGCAACUUGUUGAUGAACUUGAAAGUGAAGUGCGUGAAGCACAAGAAAUUCUGCAAGAGGAAAAUGCAGCUUUGCAAGCCGCUCAGCAAGAAGCACAGUCAGCUAUGACUUCUGCUCAACAAGCUGAACAGGAACUCAAAGUGCUGAACUCUGCUAUCCAGCUGGAAAAGAGUGCUGUGUCGAAUGCUGAAACAACUGCCCAAGGAGCACAGCAGGAAGUGGUCGAGAAGACUCAGGUCCUGGAUGCAGCUAAACGUCGAAUUGAAGCACUCACAAACGACUUGAAUAGUGCCCGUGCAGACCUGGCUAAUACCAAGCAAGCAGCAAAUAAAGCGGCGCAGGCUGCCCAAGCUGCUCGUACUAAUGCUGCCAGAAACCGACGUAGAUUGAGAGGAAGCCAAACAGCUGACUCCAUUAACGGCCCAGCAGUUUUACAGGUUCAAGGCACUCCACAACAAAUAAGAAGACAUCGAAGGCACUUUUAUCCAGCAAGGGUCUCAUCUGCAGCUUAAGUCAUACUGUACACUAUUUCUUUGUUACAUUAUGGAACUUCAUGCAUGGAGAUUGUCUUUUCUCUGAAAAGUUGAAAACGAUAUUUACCUUCAUUUUAUACUGUAUAUAUUUGCUACACUUUUAAUGGUACAGGAAUGGUUCUCUUAUCAAGAGGACAUAUCAUAUUUAUCCUGUCUGGUACUUGGAAAUGCAUAAAGAACAACUGAUAUGACUCCAAACUGAGACAGCCAAGCAGUGAACUGGCAGUCUUGGUUUCAGUUGCAUACCAAAGGUGGUGUGUAUAUAAUGAUUAGAUACAGAUAAAAAAGACAUGUUGUACAUAAGAAAUUAAUGCAACAGCCAGGUCAGUGGCACUGCACUAUCCUGUUCACCUCCUAUUCCUGCCCUCAGUAACAAUUGCUUAUUUACAUAUAUUUACUGAUUUAAUUUGAUAUUGUAUGUAUAUAUAUAUAUAUGAUAUGCAGUCCUUGUAAAGAAUUUCUUAAGUUAUAUUUUAUAGCUACCAAUGAAAGCUGUAAAUAAAUUGUAUUUAUACAGUUGUCCUCAGUGCAAAGGAAUAUACUUGAAGGUUAAACAAUAGAAAAUACUCUGCCAUGUAGCAUGCAACACAACAAUAAAAUUGGAAGUAAAUUUUGUCAAUA